GCUUCAGACUGCGCAGGCGCAGAGUGUGUAUAAAUUGAAAACACGGAAGGUCCAACACCAUAUUCCCAAACGGACGCUCCUUUUAAUGAAGCUCCUUUUAAAAACACUUUCAGACAGCAUCAUAGCGCCGCUGCGAUAGUUCAGGUGCAGUAUUUCUGGUUUUAGAGUGAUGUCUGCUGCGUAGUAAACGUUGCCGUUCUUGAGCCCCGUCUGCUUCACCGAUAUAUACUGAGAGGAAACCGCUAAGAUGCCCGCUCGUAACGUUGUGUCCAACGGGAUUCCCAACAGCAAAGUUAGGUAUUCCCGCUUAGCCACUGAUGAUGACGGCUACAUUGAUUUACAGUUCAAGAAGAGCCCACCCAAAGUCCCGUAUAAAGCCAUAGCACUAGCCACGGUCCUUUUCCUAAUCGGCUCCCUGUUAAUCAUCAUCGGCGCUCUUCUCUUGGCCGGCUACUUUGGCGUCACUCACACAGACCGAACCGUGCCCGUCCUCAUCAUUGGGAUCCUUGUCUUCCUGCCUGGAUUUUACCACCUACGGAUAGCUUACUACGCAUCAAAGGGCUACCCGGGGUACUCUUACGAUGACAUCCCGGAUUUUGAUGACUGACCAUUCAGCCUGAGUCCUGCUGUGCUUACAGUAAAUUUAGGGUUGUGAUAUAUUUAAAGAAAAUUAGAUCCAGUCUUUCUUUUUAAUUACAGUAUUCUUCUUGUAGAUUUUUAUGCAGGGUUGUUAAUGCCAAAAACAGUUUUUUUUGUUUUUGUUUUUGUUUUUUAUCUUUGCAUUUGUUUUUUAGCUUGACAAAUGAAUAAAAGAGAUUUUAUUUAAUUUCUUUAUUUACAUAAUGCCAUUUCUGAGUUGGUCUAUAAAAUAUUUUACCUUAUGUAGUGGAAUCAACCAGUAUGCCCACAUAAAGUUAAAUACAGAUAUUUAACCUCUUCAGCUUUUUUGCUGAAAUCACUGAAGUUUUAUUCGGUGUGUUCUUCAGGUUGACCCACCGGUUCAGUGGCAGAGAAAACUAAAUAAUAACUGGUUUAAAAUGAAUUCAUUUAUAUUGCAACUAAGAAAAUGAAUAACUGGUAUACCUGUGACAUACACUGUAUCACUUCUCUGGCAUAUAAAUGAUAUUUAAUAAAAGGCUAGUAUUGUUU